AUGCUGGUGACCUUCUCAACCGACCUAUACGCCACGCUGAGCUUCAUCGAUGACCGGCAUCCAAUCGGCAGAGCUCCGGGGGGGCCCGGCAUGGCGAUCUUUUGCGCCAUCCUGCUGAACGACGUGAACUUUGGGCGGACGGUUCUGAACUGCUGGGGAUGCAUGUGCACCAGCAUCCCCACCAUUCUACUGGUGUCCUUGGCCCUCUUGCCGGGCAAGAGCUAUGGCCCUGCCAUUGGGAUUCCGGUGAUUUGCCUAUCAACCUUCACCAUCUCCAUGCUGAACCUGCAUCCUAUGGGCAAGCGCCUGUCCAUUUCUGUAGUGGCCCUGUGCCUCAUCACAUCGCCUGCAGAGGAGCUCUACUUGAAGCCCUUCUUCCUCUUGGCCGCGUGUUUGGUGGGCAUGUGCUUCGCCUUCGUGGGGCUGCUGCUGCCUUGGCCCCGCUGUGCGGUGCAGGAGCUCAGGCACCGGAUGGCAUACUGCGCCUGGUCCUUACACCAGGUGCUGCACGGCCUUCUGGAGGCCUUUGCCGGGGAUGUCCGCGCGCGCUCCAAGACCAGCUGCGACCUGCGCUGCGCGGCGCUGGCCUUCCUGCAGAAGAACAUGUUCUUCUGCAACACCCGGCUGUUCGAGGCCAGGUUUGGUCACCGGCGUUCCCGCGCCAUCAAUGAGCACGCCAUCCUUCUGAAAGCUCUGGAUGAGAUGCUGCUUAGCGCACUCGUCAUGAACGACGUCCUGAGCAGUGUAGAUUGGAGCGCCAGCGAUCUCUACGACAGGAUCAUGGAGACCUGUGGGGAUGAGCAAAAGACCUUGCUGCGGAAGGUGAACCGCUGCUUCGGCUUUCUGGUGCAGCAUGACUUUGAUGAGGACGAGGCUUCCGCCUGCGCAGCGCACCUGCUGGAAGCCCGGCGCGCCUGGGAGGCCCGGUACUCCGAGGCCCGCUUCAGGAUGCUCUACGAGGGCAACACACGGCCCCACGCAUUGUCCAAAGUGCUGGUCAGCGUCAACGCUUUCCUCUUUGAGGUUGACGUGGUGAUUCAGAUCCUCUACCACCUCCUCGCAGAGAGCGACAGGCUCAUGGAGAAGAAGGCGGUUUUCGGUAAGCCGCUGCUUGACGACUUGUUCCCAGAGCAGCAGCACUUGAGGAAGUACGUUGCAGGUCCUCUCGAUGCAGAGGCAAGGAGGCACCUCAUUGUUUCCGCAAAGUUGACGCUCGCAAUGCUUCUGGCGACUUUGUAUGGUUUCUUCCUUCCCUUGGGGGAGGUCAACUUCUUGCCCGCUUACACAAUUGCAUACAUCGGAGUGGAAUCCACGGCCGGGUCCAACCUGACAUUCUCCGUGAUGCGAUGCAUCGGCACGUUGGCGGCCGCGAUCUUCGCGGAGACCGUUGUGCUGGCAUGUGUGUAUGUCGAAGACGGCCUCGGGGAACUGCUUCUGGUCACUUGCGCGCUAACCCUCUUUAUGAUUCCCAGCGUGUAUGUCCGGUCUGCACCCUUCGUGUCUUAUGGGGGCAGCACCGCAGCAUUCACCGCCGGCAUCCUGCUGAUAGAUGCCCCACGUGGGUCUGAGUACAUGAAGAUGAACAUCCCGGCCCGCGUUUAUGACACCUGCGUAGGGGCCAUGAUCUUCAUCCUCGUGGAGCUUUUUGUGCUGCCCGGCACGUCUCAGCAGUUGAUCUUCCCCAGGAUCAAGGCAUCCCUCAGGACUGCCGCGAGCGACGUGGCCAGCUUUUCCCACAGCCUGACCCACGAGCUCAGCGCCAAGUCAUCGAGUGACACUGCCAGCGAGUCGGAUGGCGAGAGCCUCGAAGCGCGAGCGGACAGAGUGUUCCUGCUCCAGGGCCUGCCCACCUACGCCCAGCGCUACGGCGCGGCAUCCAUGCAGGAGACCCUGCAGAACAACAACGGCAUGGAGCCGAACCUCUGGCGCGCCUCAGUGAACCCCAGCCUGCUGCAGCCCAUCCUCACACAGGAGCCGGAGCUUUUGUGCAACUCCCUGCAGCUGGUGCGCAUCCAGAAGUAUGCGCUUGGCAAGGAUGGCUCGAGCGACUCCAAGGUCUUCGGCGCCGUGUCCUUCAAGAGUCCGCUUCUGCCAGCCAUCUCUUCAGUCCUUUGCGACGACAUCGGGCGGAACUUGGGGCUUUGGGUGAGCCGAAUCGAAGAGGUCAUCGACAAGCUGGCGAGCGAGCCCUUUGAGGACGACUCGGACACGGACCUCAGGGGGCGCGACACCAUCUUCUACGCGACGGAGGAUGUGGCCACGGUGAAGGAGGCUCUCUGGCGCCGCUUCGAAGUGGCCAUCCAGGAAGUGCAGGCGGCGCAUCCCAGGAAGUUCCCAAGCAACGAGGAGGUGAAGCUGGCCGCCUCCGUCAUGCUGGGCAUCAGCCAGCUGCUGGACAAUCUGAGCAACAUGAAGAGGCCGCUUAUCCUGGCAGAGUCCACGUUGAGGAUCGCCAGCACGCACCGGCCCACCCUCUUUGUGGCCACUUGA